GUGAUAAAUGUUCAGUGGAUUAUUAAGUUAACCAAUUUUUUUUUAAUACAAAAUAAGUUAAAUUUUUAUAAUAAUUUAUACCGGUGAAACACAAUCUUAUUGAAAUCAUAUAAGUAAAUAUUGCAAUUUUAAAUUUAUUUAAAAUAAUUUGUGAAAUUUUAAAACAUUAUACAGUGUUGAGGAUUUUUGAUAAUAAAUAUUGAUUUGGAUCAUUCGCAUUAUUCUAGCCGUCAUAUUCUACAUUAUACUCGUCAUUUAAAUCGCCAUUGUAAUAAUGCCGAGAAAGUGCUAGGAAUGUACGAUGCAAAAAUGAAGAUAUUUUGUCCUGAAAAGGUUUUAUCUUCAUUGUAAAUUUGAAAAUUGAAAGAAAAGGAAAAAAUAAUUAAGUUUUGGUCAAGCAUAUAUUUAGGCACUAACUUGUCAAUAAGCAAAUAUAUAUUAUAUAUAAUAAAGAAUUAAAUAUAAUCACACAUAAAGAGGAUAAAUUUUGUUUCUAAGAAAAAGCAGCACAAUAUAUAAGCAUAACAUAGCUCAAAAUAAAAAAAAAGAUAUAAUUUAUAAACGUAUAAAAUAAUAUUAUUACACACUAAAGUUUAAGUUAAAUAUAUAAAAAUACUUUUAGAGAAUUUAAGUCAUUCAUUUAUAUAUAAAGGGUAAAUAUUGAGUAAAGGAUAAAUAUUAUUUUUACAAAAUACAAAAAUUAAAAAUAAAUUGACAAAAUGGAUAAAUCAAUGAUGAUGCCAAAACGUUCGCGUCUGGAUGUAAAGGGACCUUUUGCAAAUGGUCCUUUACAACAGUCUAGGCCAUUGGUUGCUUUGUUGGAUGGACGUGAUUGCUCCAUUGAAAUGCCUAUAUUAAAAGAUGUUGCAACUGUAGCAUUUUGUGAUGCUCAAAGUACAUCAGAAAUACAUGAAAAGGUUUUAAAUGAAGCUGUAGGAGCAUUAAUGUGGCAUACAAUAAUUUUAACAAAAGAAGAUUUGGAAAAAUUUAAAGCAUUACGUAUAAUUGUACGCAUUGGUAGUGGGACUGAUAACAUUGACGUUAAAGCAGCUGGUGAACUAGGUAUUGCGGUAUGCAAUGUACCAGGCUAUGGUGUCGAGGAAGUUGCUGAUACAACAAUGUGCUUGAUAUUAAACUUAUAUCGUAGAACUUAUUGGCUAGCUAAUAUGGUUAGAGAAGGAAAAAAAUUUACCGGACCUGAACAAGUCAGAGAAGCAGCUCAUGGUUGCGCAAGAAUAAGAGGAGACACAUUAGGUUUAGUUGGUCUAGGACGCAUUGGAAGUGCUGUCGCCUUAAGAGCGAAAGCAUUCGGUUUCAAUGUUAUAUUCUAUGACCCAUAUCUUCCGGACGGCAUUGACAAAUCUCUUGGUUUGACACGUGUUUAUACAUUACAAGAUCUACUUUUUCAAUCAGAUUGUGUAUCGUUGCAUUGCACAUUAAAUGAACAUAACCAUCACCUUAUAAAUGAAUAUACUAUUAAACAAAUGAGACCUGGUGCAUUUUUGGUAAAUACUGCUAGAGGUGGUUUAGUUGAUGACGAAGCUUUAGCUAUAUCGCUAAAACAAGGAAGAAUUAGAGCUGCAGCUUUAGAUGUUCAUGAAAAUGAACCAUAUAAUGUAUUCCAGGGAGCACUAAAAGACGCUCCAAACUUAAUAUGCACACCACAUGCAGCUUUUUAUAGUGAAGCAUCUUCAACAGAAUUACGAGAAAUGGCAGCAACUGAAAUUAGGCGGGCGAUUGUUGGCAAUAUUCCAGAUGUAUUGAGAAAUUGUGUUAACAAGGAAUAUUUUAUGAGAACACCUAACGCAAGUGCUGCACACGCAGCUGCAUACACAGAAGGAUUAAAUGGAGGAUAUUAUUCAGGCUCACUGCAACAGGCUCAUAGUACGACCCCACAUGAAGCACCUCAUACCGCGGGAGCUCAUGCUCCGUCAGCUGUAAAUCCAUCACCAGUUUCAGCACCGCAAGUAACAGCACCACCAGUUCCAGGCCUUCAACUUGGACUUGUGAGUAAAUCGCCCCUGAAUGCGCCGGAUCCUAGCAACCAUCAUUCAGUUAAAUCCGAAUCGUCAGAGGUCCAAUAGCUUCAAUCUGGCAAAUUAAAAAAAAAAAAAUACAAAAAAAAAAAAAAAUAAAACAAAAUAAAAAAAAAAACUUAAUAUUAAAUUGAUGAAGGUUAAUUUAAAAUCAAAAUAAAAAGUAUAAUAAAAGAUUAAAAACAUUUAAAAUAAUUGAGCAAAAAGUAAUAUUGAAUUUGGGAAUAAAAACAACAUUUUCAAAAGAAAGAAACAAGAAGCAGCAAAAGCAUCCAUAAAACUUGUAGAGAUCUUUGAGUUAAUCAACCAUCAAAAAAAAAAGAUAUUUUCUUUAAUUAAUUAUAAAAAUAUUUGUAUUUAUAAGAGAGACAAAAAAAAAAGUAAAAAAAAAACUUGUGAAACUAUUUUUAUUAGAUUUUAAUUUUAAUUUUAUUUCCAAGAUUUAAGAAUAAGACGUAUAUAUAUAUUUAAAAAAAAUAUACCGGAUGUAAUAAAAAACAAAAACUUAAAAAAUGCAUUGUACUUUA